AAGAAAAGAAAAGAAAAUUUGUGUUGCUUUCUCAUGAAUUAACUCGGUCUUCUCGCUCUCUUGUCUCUCCUCAAUUUCCUUGCAGUGGGUAAUGGGGAAUGCUAGUGGUAGGAAAAAUGAAGAAGGCCCUUCAGAGGUGAAAGAUGAAGAGGGCGGUCAGCAGGAUAUGGAGUUUGUGCGCGACGAAGAGCAUACGAGCAAUCGUGCGGUGGGUAUGUAUGCGGAGCCAAUCUUUCAAUCCUUUCCAUAUGGUCCCAUUGGGUACCAGCUGACAUUCAAGGCCACUCCACAGGCCCCUAUUGUUGGCAUUCCAAGAGUUGGUGAAGUAAUGCAUUUGUCAAAUUAUACAUCAUUGCGAUAUACAUCAUAUUUUAAUGAUGCUAUCGAUGAAAAACCGAGUGCAGUGAUGAUAACAUGGAGUUAUGGUGGCAACCAAGUAUCUGUCACGGGAUCUUGGGACAACUGGGAGAGAAGGGAGCUCAUGUAUAGAUCAGGCCAAGAUUUCGUUAUUCUGAAGAAGCUUCCAUCAGGUGUUUACCACUACCGCUUCGUUGUGGAUGAACAAUUUAGGUAUGCUCCAGAUUUACCAUGGGAAUGCGAUGAUUCGGGUGCUGCUUUCAAUAUUUUGGAUGUGCAGGACACUGUUCCAGAUGCUCCAGAGAAUCUAUCCGAGUUUAAAUCUCCCCCUUCUCCAGAAUCAAGUUAUGACAACGAAUCCUUAAAUGAGGACUUCAGUAAGGCUCCGCCGGAAAUGCCUCCGCAGCUGCUAAAAGCACCAAUAAUCGAGCCAUCGACGACUAUGGUCAGUCAUCAGUCUCUGCCAAGACCUAACCAUGCAGUACUGAAUCAUCUCUACGUUGGAAACAAUCAAGAUAAUCAGCCUGUAGCUUUCACCUCAACUCAUCGCUUCCGCAACAAAUAUGUGACUGUAGUUCUAUACAAACCUCCUCUGUUCAGAUGACUAGCUAUAUUUUCUUUACAUUAUUUGCUGCAAUAGUACUGGUUUUGCUUGCAUAGGGAAGUAGAUUUCGUAUAUAUAGCCUGAGGCUUGAGCAAUAUCAAUUAACUCUGAUAAUACCCUGAAGUGUAGAUUGAUCUGUUGUUGCUAUCUUAUAAUUUCAAAGAGAAUCCUUGGAUUGAU